AUGGAGGAUCGACCAACCCUGACCAACCCGCGCUUCACUCUCGAACUUGAGUUCGUCUCAUCUCUCGCCAAUCCUUACUAUCUGUCACACCUGGCAGUCACAUAUCCCAAUCUCUUGGGUAUCUCUCGUGCCGAUGAUGACGAUGAUUCCUCUUCGCCAGAUGCCCAGGCGUUUGCAGCCUACCUAGCCUACCUUUACUCCUACUGGAAGACACCCGAGUACUCUCAGUUUCUCACUCACCCGGGCCCCACAUUACGAGCGCUUCGACUGCUCCAGGAGGACAACUUCCGCCGUGACAUUAUUCUACCCCAGGUCAUUGAAGGUCUGGCAGGGGUCAGUGUCCCUGACCCGGCUCAGACGGAGACCGAUACAGCAGAUGAAAAGCAGGAUGGUCCAAAUGGAAAGACAUGA